AAUUUAACAAAUAAGUUAAUUACUUGGGAUAACCCUGUUUAUUCUCUCCCGCCGGUCCGGCCCCACGCUGGUCCACCAUAUAACGAUGCAUCACAACGAGCUGAUUUCGCCGGAACUACCAUCUCCGCCGCCAACUUAAACUGCCAAUUUUGCCGGAUAAAGCAACACCAUUUUGACAUGUUUCCCUUCUGCAAUGCCCACUUCAUAUUUACCUUACAAAGUUCUCACUCUUGGUACAAACAAGAAGCUCAAUAAUUCAUGCUUAGUACAAAAGAUUCUCAAUCUCUCUUCGCAAGGCUAUCUUAAACAAGCCUUCAAUUACCUUAACAUCCUAACACGUAAAGGCGUUCGCUUAGACAGUAAAACUCUUGCUUUUAUCAUUCAACAAUGUGCCAAUUCCAGGUCACGUGAAGAAGGAAAAUGGAUCCAUUUUCAUCUCAAAACUACUGGAUGGAAACACCCCACUACAUUUCUAGCUAACCAUUUAAUUAAUAUGUAUAGUAAAUGUGGUGAUCACAUGGAAGCACGUAAGGUGUUUGAUAAAAUGACUUCGAGAAAUUUGUAUUCUUGGAAUAAUAUGCUUUCUGGGUAUACUAAGUUAGGUCUCAUUAAGGCUGCUAAAAGGUUGUUUGAGCAAAUGCCGGAGAAAGACGUGGUUUCUUGGAAUACCAUGGUGAUAGGCCAUGCUCAGGUUGGCUACUUCAACGAGGCUCUCAAGUUGUAUAGAGAAUUUAGGAGGUUAAGUAUUGGGUUCAACGAGUAUAGCUUUGCUGGGGUCAUCACUGCUUGUGUUAAGUCCAGAGAUUUUUCUAUCACAGGGCAGGUUCAUUGUCAAGUAUUUAUAGCUGGGUUUUUAUCCAAUAUAGUUCUUUCUAGUUCAAUUGUUGAUGCUUAUGCAAAAUGUGGGAAGAUGAGCGAUGCUAGGAGGUUGUUUGAUGCAAUGCGAGUAAGAGACGUUCUUGCCUGGACCACCUUGGUUUCAGGCUAUUCAAAGUGCGGCGAUAUGGUGUCAGCCAGGGAGCUUUUUGAAGCAAUGCCUGAGAAGAAUCCUGUUUCUUGGACAGCUUUGGUUGCUGGUUAUUCCCACAGUGGCAUGAGCAUUCAGGCCCUUGAGUUAUUUGCAAAGAUGAUGAAGCUUCAGGUCCAACCUGAUCAGUUUACAUUUAGUAGUUGCCUAUCUGCUUGUGCUGGUAUAGCAUCACUCAAGCACGGUAAGCAAAUACAUGCAUUUCUGGUGAAUGCUGGUUUUAGACCUAAUUCAAUUGUUUUGAGUUCACUCAUUGAUAUGUAUUCAAAAUGUGGAAGUUUAGAAGUUGCAAGGAGGGUAUUUGAUACGGCAUAUAACAAGCAUGAUGCAGUAUUAUGGAAUACUAUGUUGUCUGCAUUAGCACAACAUGGCAUGGGUGAAGAGGCGACUGAAAUGUUCUUUAAGAUGGUGAAGUUUGGAGUGAAACCAAACCGUAUCACUUUUGUUGUCCUUCUCAAUGCUUGUAGUCAUUCUGGGUUAGUGCAAGAAGGGCUUUCCUUUUUCGAGACAAUGACCUCUAGUUACGAUGUUCUUCCUGAUCAAGAACAUUUUGCAUGCAUAAUUGACCUCUUGGGUAGGGCAGGACAUUUUAGUGAAGUGCUAGCUCAGAUAAAGAAGAUGCCUUGUGAACCUGAUGAUCAUAUUUGGAAUGCCUUACUUGGUGUUUGUAGGAUUCAUGGAAAUGUGGAGUUGGGUAGAAUGGCUGCAGAACUGCUAAUAGAGCUGGACCCACAGUCUCCAGCCGCAUAUUUGCUGUUGUCAAGUAUUUAUGGUGUACUUGGGAUGUGGGAAAAUGUAGAGAAAGUGAGACAGCUUAUGAAUGAGAGACAUGUUAGGAAAGAGCAGGCCGUUAGUUGGCUAGAGAUUGAACAUAAAAUGCUUCCAUAUUUUGGGUGCAAUAAGUUGAAUACUUUAGAGAAAGAUGGAAACACUAUUUUGCAACUGCUAGCUGACAGACAAACACUGAUGAUCUAGUACAUGAUAGUAAAAGAUAAUGCAUGAUUACAGCGUUUGGCCACUGCUUGACCUCCAUUCUCAGCCUUUGCUAGCAAAAUCUCUUCCUUCAGUGCCCUCCCAGGCCAUCUACCGUACAUCACAGACAACUUCUAAAUUCAAAACCAGUCAUCUUGGUCUUAGUUCUUAUACUAGAAUACAGGUUCUUAGAUGUUGAUUUUUGUUAUGUUACCUGCAAACUUGGAAAAAGAUUGUUUUUACCAAGUCAUCUAACUGUGAAUUUGUGAAACUUCAAAUAUUGUUGAAUCAGUUUCACUUGGGAUGCAUUCAAGAAUAAUAAUACCUUUUUAGCGGGGAUCAUUUGAUAGCAAAGAUGCCUUGAUUGAAAGAUUAAAUUGAGGUUUUGGAAAUGAACUCGAAACAAUCGUCACUAAUACUAUUUCGUGUUUGAUAUCUUUUUGUUUAUCUCACAGCUCAUCCCCUUCCAAUCAUGUCAGCUAAGGGACCACAUCCUAAUAUUUUCUGGUCCUGCGUCCUCUUCCUCCUGCUGAAUUCAGCCAGACUCUGAUUUGUACCCAUUUCUGUCGAUUCAUUCAUACAUGAUGGGAGUGAUGCUACAGGUAGCAAACCCAGUUUUGUCGAUCCAUUCAUACAUGAUGGGAGUGAUGCUACGGGUAGCAACCUUUGCCGUGAAGUACAAGGGCCAGCCUUUCAAGUGGAGCAUACCAGAAAUUAAACUUCUUAUAUGCUCUUUUGGCUGUCAUGGGCUUCACAAUUAUCACCUGUAAUUUGUUUCGAGAUUUAAAUGACUGGUUGAAGUUAGUUCCUAUACCAAGAACGUUAACAGAUAAAACUGCUAGUUUGGCCACUGAAUACUUUUUUGUUGUGUUAUGCCUGGGAAAGACUGAUGAGGUGGGCGUUCCCCAGUAAGAUGACUGCCUGCCUGCCUGCCUGGAAGCAACAGCAAUGUCAAGUCCUGAAAUAGAAGCACACUAAGUCCCUAGUGAUUGAGAACCAGGGAUUUAGAGCCGGAAGGUACUCAGUAACAGCUAUUCAGGACCCUGCUGGAUAGUAUUUUGUUGUAUUGAAAGAUCAUGGCUAAAUAUUGCUGGAUUUUGAUUUUUGUUAUCUCCAUUCCAUAGAGACCAAUGACUUCAUUUUUUUUUCUUUGAUAGAAAAGCUCUUUUUCCUCACUUGUGGGAUUACAUUUCGAUUGUUGUGGUUUAUAGAAAAGCUUUUUUUAUCUUA